CCGUUAAGCUCGCCUUUCAGUUUCUGUCUUUUUCUUGCUAUUACGGGUAGUGUCUGGGUGGUGGGCUCUGCUCCAGCUCUUGCGUUGAUUGAACGAACCUUUCCCCUUUCCGUCGGCAACGGUGUUCCAGCCGGCCGACGGGGAUGUCUUUCUUCUCCCGGCAAGGAAUUAACUACGGGUUCCAUUUCUAGCUAGCUACAUUGAUGCUCGAAUCUUGAUAGCCUGCCUCCUCGCCGGUCUAAUUAAACUUGCACGGCAUACGGGGGUCGCCUUUCUGCUUCCGGUGAAGUGAACUGGAGCAGAUUUUUACCGCUUGGGGGAGGCUAGUUUUUAUCGGUGCUCAAGCAGAAACGGAUAACAUAUCUGUCACUCACUCACUCGGUCAUCCGUUCACUGAAUUGAGAGUCCCUUUAUGCGUACGUAAGCAUUACGGCACCUUUCCGCCCGUAUCGCGCAAGCUGUACGCGGUAGCGACACACCCAAGCAAGCAAGCAAACAAAACUGAAAAAAAGUAAAGCUAGAGCAGUACAAAGGGGAGCAAAGCGAAUCUUGGCAUAUUUUCCGUGCGCGGUGCGGCCAAUGCUUCGCCGCUCACAUGCGCGCCGAGCCGAGCGAGCACUCGCACACCCAGCUGAUGGAUGGCUGCUCUGCCGCGCCGGUACGGGGUGUGACGCGUCGAUCCUGCUGGACACGGCGGGGAGCGAGAAGACGGCGGGGCCGAACCUCUCCGUGGGCGGCUACGAGGUGAUCGACGCCGUGAAGGCGCAGCUCGAGCAAGCCUGCCCGGGCGUCGUCUCCUGCGCCGACGUGGUCGCGCUCGCGGCCCGCGACGCCGUCUCGUACCAGUUCAAGGCGUCUCUCUGGCAGGUGGAAACCGGCCGGAGAGACGGGCCCGUCUCUUCCGCGGGCAACACGGGCUCCCUCCCUUCCCCGUCCGCGGGCUUCGGGGGCCUCGUGCAGAGCUUCGCCGCCAAGGGGCUCGACGUGGGCGACCUCGUGGCGCUCUCGGGCGCGCACACCAUCGGCAAGGCCAGCUGCUCCAGCGUCACGCCCCGGCUGUACAACGGCAACGCCACCACCGUCGACCCGCUGCUGGAUUCCGCCUACGCCAAGAGGCUCAUCACCUCGUGCCCGAACCCGAACCUGACGCCGGCCUCGCCGCCGCCGGCGUCCACGGUGGAUUUGGACGCCGCCACGCCGUUCAAGUUCGACGGCACGUACUACAGCAACCUGCUGAACAAGCAGGGGGUGCUCGCCUCUGACGCCGCGCUCACGCAGAACGCCGCCGCGGCCGCCAUGGUCGCCAACCUCACCAACUCCAUCAAUUUCUACGCCGCCUUCGCCAUGUCCAUGAAGAAGAUGGGCCGCGUCGACGUGCUCACCCUCAAGAACGGACAGGGGAAGAUCAGGACGCAGUGCCGUGUGCCGUGAUAGUCACAGAUUCUUUUUUUUUCUUGGCGCUCGUUUUUUUUUCCUUCUCUCUCUUCUUGUUCCGGGCGCGGAUCAAAUAUAUUGUGCGCCGUGAUUAAGUUCCCAAUAUAUCUUAUAUUGGUUUUGUUGAGUCCGAGCUGUAAUACUGUCCACCGAUGGCUUCCGUUGCAUACCUCUUGCAGAUAUCCUUCUUUUGUUUU